AUGCCAAUAUUUGGAGAUUUGUUGGAAAUUCAUCUAUUUCCUCAUACCGUACCUCAAAUUCUGAAAGAAAAACAAAUACGAACGUAUUAUCAUAAGGAGUACAACAUUCAAUAUGUCAAUUUGGAACCGGUAUGCAACAUCGAUCAACGAUAUACGGGGGAAGUGGUUUGUGGAAUAAAGCUUCACAAUAUUUUGGCCAAAGAGGAGAAUAUCUCUUUUGAAUUCUGCGUUAUUACCGUAAGAAUAUGUGAUAAGGUUGUCUCUCAGCUCCUCAUAUCAAGCGAGGACCUUGAGCGUGGUGUUGAAGACUUUUACACAGGCUCAUUCAAGAGCAGGACUAUUGGAUGUCAUCCAAUCUUUGUCACUUUCGAUGGCUAUGGUAGUGGCCUUAGCUGUUCACCUCAUCAAGUCACAUUCCGGUUCAACAUGAGCAAACAGCGAUUUAACGAAGAUUACAUUCCUCUUCAUUUCGUCAACAGAUUUAAAGAGAUGGAAGAAAUGCCGCAACAGGCAGGUGCGAAAAGACCAAGAGAAGAAACGAAUGGCGGUGAAUAUCAUAAUGGCAAUGCAUAUGACCGAUCACAGCGAGCAUCAAGUUCGAGGCCACCGGUUUACCCAAUUGGUAGAGCUGCACCAAAACCUUACAAUGAUGACUACCAUCAACCUAAGAGAGCACGUACGGAACCCUGUUCCUCUGAUAAUUUCAAUGGUCACUACAAUACGUCUGGAUACGAGUGGCACGAGCGAUAUGACAUGUAUGAGCGUGGACGAUCAGAAACUUUUUGGCAGCCGAAUGGUGUUCCAUCAAGCUCAAGCAGGCAUACAGCUGCCACCACUGCGCAAGAAAGGGACGAUCCACCACGCCAUCUGCGCAUCAAGUUGUUAAAGAAUACUGAUUCUCAGCAGAGCGGCCCAUCUUCACUUGCUUCAGACGAAAUUGAUCAAUUGAUCAGAGCUAAACGUGAGCACGAGGAAAUUGACCCUUCGACUUAUCGUAUUAUGUUUGUCAAAGAAGAGCCUUUCGAGCAUACACUAUCAUACGGCGAGCCCGAGCAAACGGAUGAUUAUACCUUACCUCAUCGAGAAAGUGCAGCGCCUUCUACUGCAUCUGCAUUCAGUGAAGACAUAGCUUCAAAUGUAAUUUCCAGUGCGGUUGAUACAGCUGUCACAUCUGUUCAAGAGGAUCACAUGGAUUCCGCUGCAGUAGAAUCAGCGAUUCAAUCCGUUCAAUCAAAUCAUGGUCAAAUGAAUGUUGCCACAACUUCAGCAAGCAUGCUUGGUACAGAUGAAGUCAAUGGAACUGUGGGGGGAUCUUCUCCUUCUAUCGGGAUGCAGUCUGGAAUACCGAGGGUAAAGUCGGAACCGACAGAUAUCAUGGAAAGAGCCAGACGGGAAAUGUUACGCAGAGCCUCGCAAAGAGCUCAAGCUCAAAGUGUGCCAGAAUCACAGCAAUCCGUUGAAGAUCCGCUCAGACAAGCGGCAACAUACAGCACCGUGCUAGACUCUACAUCACAGCCGUCAACCUCAGCUGGGCCUUCAGUCACAUCGAUUCCGGAAAAUAUGGAAGGGGCAACGCUUCAGCCUUCUCCAAACGAAGAGCCAGAGGAUGAAAAUCAGAUAGCAAGUACAUCUUCAGUACCUCAAGAGACGAUCCCGCUUCUCCAGCAGCCAACUCUUGACGAUCAAGUAUUGCCUUCUUUGAAUCUGCCUGCACAGCAUUCUCUGGAAGCAGGACCAUCGACAAUCGGGCUCAACGAACCGGUGCAAAAUGUCAACCCUCGUUUGAUCUCUCCUCUGCCUCAGAGAGCUCUUCGAAGUUGCAUACCCAAUGAGACGCAAAGACAACGACAGAAAAGGAGAGUCACUUUCAACACUGAAGCAGAGGAUGACAAAGGUGGCAUCUCGCCAACAAAGGUCAAUUGA